AUGGCUGUUAAAUUUAGUAUCAAAACUAUAUCAUCUUUUUUCCAAGUUCUGUUUUUGAUUGUGAUCCUGUUUUUCACUCACCCAUGCUUUUCUGCUGAUCCAGACCCACUCCAAGAUAUUUGUGUUGCUGACUUGAACUCCACUAUUCGUGUCAAUGGGUUCCCUUGCAAGCCGGAUUCUCAAGUUACAUCAGACGAUUUUUUCUUUAGUGGCUUGAUGACUGGAGCAAGCACAGCGAAUCCCGAAGGGUUUGGAGUGAAACUUGGUGAUGUUACCACCUUCCCUGGGUUAAACACCCAAGGACUUACGGUAAACCGAAUCGACCUUGCACCUGGUGGAAUUAUUCCACUUCACGUACAUCCUCGAGCAAGCGAAGCUAAUUUUCUACUACAAGGGAAUAUCUUUUUCGGGUUCAUAACUACUAAUGAUGUUUUGUACGCAAAGUUUAUGAAGCCUGGGGAGUUGAAUAUUAUUCCUAGAGGGCUUGUGCACUUCGCAGCGAACGUUGGACCGAGGAAGGCUAUUGUGAUAGCUAUUUUAAAUAGUCAAAAUCCCGGAAUUGCAAGAAUUCCUAAUAACCUCUUUAAUUCUACACCAACAAUUCCUGAUUAUAUUUUGGCUAGGAACUUCCGAGUUAAUGAAAAGAUCAUCGCUAUCAUAAAGUCUAAGUUUCGCUUCAAUGGUUCUUUGGCUACUGCAACUUCGGAUGAUAUAUAG